ACUCGCGCGCGCGGGGGGCCCUGGAGCGCUCCCGGGCCCGGGAGCGCCUGCAGGUGGGGCCGCGAUGCCGCCGUCGCUGCUGCUGCUGCUGCUGCUGCUCGAGCUGCCGCCGAGCAUUCGGGCCGGGAGCCCCGGGGCCGAGGAUGCGGCCGAGCUGGACUUCUCCACCGCCGGGCCGGUGAGCCGCGUGAGCCCCGCGUUCCUGUCCGUCACCAUCGACGCCAACCUGGCCACGCACCCGCAGUUCCUCGCCUUCCUGGGUUCUCUAAGGCUUCGUACUUUGGCCAGAGGUUUGUCUCCUGCAUAUCUGAGAUUUGGUGGUACCAAGACAGACUUUCUAAUUUUUGAUCCCAAGAAGGAACCAACCUUUGAAGAAAGAAGUUACUGGCAAUCUCAAGUCAACCAAGAUAUUUGCAACUCUCAAGCCCUCCCAUCUGAAGUGGAGAAGAGGUUACAGCUGGAAUGGCCCUUCCAGGAACUAUUGCUGCUCCAAGAACAGUAUCAGAAAAAGUUCAAGACUACCACAUACUCAAAGAGUGCAGUGGACAUGCUGUAUACAUUUGCAAAUUGCUCAGGACUAGACUUGAUCUUUGGUCUAAAUGCACUACUGAGAACCACAGACUCUCGGUGGAACAGUUCCAAUGCUCAGCUGCUCCUAGACUAUUGCUCUUCCAAGGGUUAUAAUAUAUCCUGGGAGCUCGGCAAUGAACCAAACAGUUUCUGGAAGAAGGCUGGUGUUUCCAUUGAUGGCUCACAGUUAGGAGAAGAUUUUGUUGAGUUGCAUAAGCUUCUAGGAAAGUCCACUUUCAAAAAUGCAAAGCUCUAUGGUCCUGAUGUUGGCCAGCCUCGGGGAAAGACAGUUAAGAUGCUGCAGAGUUUCCUAAAGACUGGAGGAGCUGCGAUCGACUCCAUCACAUGGCAUCACUACUAUGUGAAUGGAAGAAUUGCUACUGAAGAAGAGUUUCUAAAUCCUGAUGUUUUGGACACUUUUGCUUUAUCUGUGCAAAAAGUUUUCCAGGUUGUGGAGGAGAUCACACCCCACAAGAAGGUUUGGUUGGGGGAGACCAGCUCUGCCUAUGGCGGUGGAGCCCCUUUGCUGUCCAACACCUUUGCUGCUGGCUUUAUGUGGCUGGACAAAUUGGGCCUAUCGGCCAGAAUGGGCAUAGAAGUGGUAAUGAGGCAAGUGCUCUUUGGAGCCGGGAACUACCAUCUAGUGGAUGAAAACUUUGAACCUUUACCGGAUUACUGGUUAUCUCUUCUGUUCAAGAAAUUGGUGGGUACCACCGUGUUAGCUGCACAAGUGAAAGGACCAGACAAAAGCAAGCUUCGGGUAUAUCUGCACUGUACAAGCAUCAACGACUCCAGGUAUAAAGAAGGAGAUUUAACUCUGUAUGCCUUAAAUUUACAUAAUGUUACCAAGUACUUGCAAUUGCCAAGUUAUUUAUCUGACAAGGAAGUGGACAAAUACCUAUUAAAACCUUCAGGACCUGAUGGAUUACUUUCCAGAUCUGUUCAACUCAAUGGCAAAAUUCUGAAGAUGGUGAAUAAUGAGACCCUGCCAACGUUGAUAGAGAAACCUCUCCGCCCAGGAAGCUCACUGGGCUUGCCAGCUUUUUCAUAUGGGUUCUUUGUGAUAAAAAAUGCCAAAGUGGCUGCUUGCAUUUGAAAAUGAAAGGCAUGCACUGGUUCUGAGAU